CUGGGUGGGAGGGGGGGUGCUGGCUGAGGGGGCCCGGAGUGGCAGGAGAGGAGGAAGAUGGCGGGAUGCAGGGGGUCCGUGUGCUGCUGCUGCCGGUGGUGCUGCUGCUGCGGUGAACGCGAGAGCCGCACCCCCGAGGAGCUGACCAUCCUUGGGGAGACACAGGAAGAGGAGGAUGAGAUCCUUCCAAGGAAAGACUAUGAGAGUCUGGACUAUGACCGCUGCAUCAAUGACCCUUACCUGGAGGUACUGGAGACCAUGGACAAUAAGAAAGGGCGAAGAUACGAGGCGGUGAAAUGGAUGGUGGUGUUUGCCAUUGGCGUCUGCACCGGGCUGGUGGGUCUCUUUGUGGACUUCUCCGUGCGGCUCUUCACCCAACUCAAGUUCGGAGUGGUUCAAACCUCGGUGGAGGAAUGCAGUCAGAAAGGCUGCCUUGCCCUGUCCCUCCUUGAACUCCUGGGUUUUAACCUGACCUUUGUCUUCCUGGCAAGUCUUCUUGUCCUGAUAGAGCCAGUGGCGGCAGGUUCUGGGAUCCCUGAGAUCAAGUGCUAUCUGAAUGGUGUGAAGGUGCCAGGAAUUGUCCGGCUCCGGACCCUGCUCUGCAAAGUCUUUGGGGUACUGUUCAGUGUGGCUGGAGGGCUCUUUGUGGGGAAAGAAGGCCCCAUGAUCCACAGUGGUGCUGUGGUAGGAGCUGGCCUCCCUCAGUUUCAGAGCAUCUCCUUACGGAAGAUCCAGUUCAACUUCCCCUACUUCCGCAGCGACAGAGACAAGCGGGACUUUGUAUCAGCGGGGGCAGCUGCUGGAGUUGCUGCAGCUUUUGGGGCCCCUAUAGGGGGUACCUUGUUCAGCCUGGAGGAGGGUUCGUCCUUCUGGAACCAGGGGCUCACGUGGAAAGUGCUCUUCUGCUCCAUGUCUGCUGCCUUCACCCUCAACUUCUUCCGCUCUGGGAUUCAGUUUGGAAGCUGGGGCUCCUUCCAGCUGCCUGGCCUGCUGAGCUUCGGGGAAUUUAAGUGCUCUGACUCUGAUAAAAAAUGUCACCUCUGGACAGCUAUGGAUUUGGGUUUCUUCGUCGUGAUGGGGGUCAUUGGGGGCCUCCUGGGAGCCACAUUCAACUGUCUGAACAAGAGGCUUGCAAAGUACCGUAUGCGCAACGUGCACCCGAAACCUAAGCUCGUCAGAGUCUUAGAGAGCCUCUUGGUGUCCCUGGUGACCACUGUGGUGGUGUUUGUGGCCUCCAUGGUGUUAGGAGAAUGCAGACAGAUGUCCUCUGCGAGUCAAACUGGUAAUGGCUCCUUCCAGCUCCAGACCACAUCAGAAGAUGUGAAUUCAACCAUCAAGACAUUUUUCUGUCCCAACGAUACCUACAAUGACAUGGCCACGCUAUUCUUCAACUCCCAGGAGUCUGCCAUCCUGCAGCUCUUCCAUCAGGAUGGGACUUUCAGCCCCAUCACCUUGGCCUUAUUCUUCAUCCUCUACUUCCUGCUGGCGUGCUGGACUUUCGGCACGUCUGUCCCCAGCGGCCUCUUUGUGCCUUCCCUGCUGUGUGGAGCGGCUUUUGGACGCUUGGUUGCCAACGUCCUGAAAAGCUACAUUGGACUGGGCCACAUCUAUUCUGGGACCUUUGCCCUGAUUGGUGCAGCAGCUUUCUUGGGUGGGGUUGUGAGAAUGACUAUCAGCCUCACUGUCAUCCUGAUGGAGUCUACCAAUGAGAUCACGUACGGGCUCCCCAUUAUGAUCACCCUGAUGGUGGCCAAGUGGACGGGAGACUUUUUCAAUAAGGGCAUUUAUGACAUCCACGUGGGCCUCCGAGGUGUGCCUCUUCUGGAGUGGGAGACGGAGGUGGAAAUGGACAAGCUGAGAGCCAGUGACAUCAUGGAGCCCAACCUGACGUACGUCUACCCACACACUCGCAUCCAGUCUCUGGUGAGCAUCCUACGCACCACCGUCCACCACGCCUUCCCAGUGGUCACAGAGAACCGAGGCAACGAGAAGGACUUCAUGAAGGGCAACCAGCUCAUCAGCAACAACAUUAAGUUCAAGAAAUCCAGUAUCCUCACCCGUGCCGGUGAACAGCGCAAGCGGGGCCAGUCCAUGAAGUCUUACCCUUCCAGUGAGCUUCGAAAUGUGUGUGAUGAGCACGUGGCCUCAGAGGAGCCGGCCGAGAAGGAGGACCUGCUGCAGCAGAUGCUGGAGAGGAGAUACACUCCCUACCCCAACCUAUACCCUGACCAGUCCCCGAGUGAAGACUGGACCAUGGAGGAGCGCUUCCGCCCGCUGACCUUCCACGGCCUCGCCCUGCGCUCGCAGCUCGUCACCCUGCUCGUCCGAGGGGUGUGCUAUUCCGAAAGUCAGUCUAGUGCCAGUCAACCACGCCUUUCUUAUGCUGAGAUGGCUGAGGACUACCCGAGGUAUCCGGACAUCCAUGACCUGGAUCUCACACUGCUGAAUCCCCGGAUGAUUGUGGAUGUCACCCCAUAUAUGAACCCUUCACCAUUCACUGUCUCCCCCAACACCCAUGUUUCCCAAGUUUUCAACCUGUUCAGAACCAUGGGCCUGCGCCACUUGCCCGUGGUGAAUGCAGUGGGAGAGAUCGUGGGAAUCAUCACACGACACAACUUGACGUAUGAGUUCCUGCAGGCCCGGCUUCGGCAGCAUUACCAGACCCUCUGACAGUUGAGCCCGGCUGCCGCCAGCCCACUCUCCCAGAGACGCCUCUGCAGGUGGCUUGCUCACACACUGGCCCCCACAGCUGGCAUGAAGGCUCCCAGGCACCCACUUACUUGCCUGGAGUCCUGGAAGACUGGGGUCAGAGGUUUUGGGGAUGUGUUGAGCAGAAAGUUGGAAUUUUACUAACUUCCUCAGCAAGAAUUUUCCAUUUCUCGUUCCCCAGGUUCCCAUAGAGAGAUGCCAAGGUGAAGUCAGGCUGGGUCCCGGAUAGGCACUUGGUGCUUCUCUGUUGCUGUUUUCAGAGAGCCCAGCUGUUACCCAGACCCUCCUGAGAAGGUGUGGACAGAGGCAAACAUUGGGGAUGUUAUUUGCUUAUCAUGUUCAUUACUAAGUUCAGGAAUUGGGCCCUGAGAACUGUUCCCCAUGUCCAGGAAGGUCCGGGAUCAACCCCAGGACCUCAGAUAUGCUCGUACUCUCUGCCUCUUCAUUGGCCUGUCUUUCUUCCCAUUCUGUUUCCUAGGAGCAAGCACGUGCUCUGCUCCUGCCCUGUGGCUUGAAUCUCCUUAGAAUCAUUCCUGAUCAGAUCCAUGAAACACUAAACCCAGCAAACAGCCUUUGACCAUCAAAUCCCAUGGGAGGAGGGGUCUCUCCCUCACUGUAAGCAUUCAGUGGUCCCAGCCCCCACUUACACCUGGUUACACAUGCUCUCCACCCAUUCUCAGUUCAUUCCCCCCCACAACUGCUGGGCUUUCUAAGCCUUCAUCUCUGCCUUCCUGGUGGGGCAGCCACAGCUUUGUCUUGAACUCAUUCCCAAAGUUAACCAAAAUUGAGGAACCCCUAGACAGAACCACUACCCCAAGCCCUAGAAAAUUUGGAACCACUGUACAAGGUAGCAGACAGUCUGCCCGGAGCCAGGGCUAAUGAAAGGUAGGCCUCCAGAAGGAAGCUAGUGGCUCCUCUCAUGGUCACUGCGCAUAGCUGCCUCCAGAGCCUCUCCCCCUUGUGCCUCACUGGUUUUCAUGGUUCCACUCUCUCCUGACUGCUGGUCCUCUUUGAGUUGGUACCUCAGUGACCAUCUAGGUGGGGACAUCAGCACUCACUUUCCUGCAUCCUAAGGCACUAUGGUGGCUGUUCCUUGGAUACCAGGAGACAUUCAUUUGCAUUAGAUACUGGUUUUUUUGUUUUGUUUUGUUUCUUUAUUGGUUUUUUUCAAGACAGGAUUUCUCUGCGUUGCCCUGGCUGUCUGGGAACUCAUUCUGUAGACCAGGCUAGCCUGGAACUCAGAGAUCUGACUGUCUCUGCCCCCCCCCCCGAGUGCUGGGAUUAAAGGCAUGCGCCACCACCGCAUGUUGCAUUAAGAUAUUUUUAGCACCAGGGCCCCAGGCCUGGCAGGGUCUUGUAAUCAGCAUGUGGGAAAUUAUCCCACAUCCUCAGUCAGGGGUUACCUUGGGGCUUUGUAGCUGGCUGUGACCCAGGCCCUCUGUUUUCCCCAUUUGCCUAUCUUUUUACCAGAACAGUCUGUUUUCAGGUCCUGACUUGUGAGGUGGGGGUAGGGAUGGAAACUCCCAACAAUAGUCGGGAGAACAGUCCUGCUAAGCAGGGCUGCAUUUGGCCAGCUGCCAGCUUCAUUUUACAGCUGAUUCGAGUGCCUGCCCUGCCGUAUCCUCCAUCAAGAAGAAAACCCAUUGCCCACACCAAGAGGAAAGUGUGACACACCACAGAAUCAUCUUCCCAGCCUGGUGGUUUGCAGAACAGCAGCCUGCAGGGGGCCAGAGUCCACAGCUUCCUGCCUCCAAGCCUGCGCUGGCGGCCGAUUACAAUUCUGUGUGUGUGUUGAGUCACCCUCAGUUUAGCCCAGAACAGACGGGUGCAGCUACUUCUACCCUGGAGCUGGAGCCCAUGCCCCUCAUGCCCAUCUGGGACACCCAGUCCUUUUGUCUCCCCUCCCCCCAACUCCUAUUCAGAAAAGCCCAAAGACAUCAGCUUUCCCACUUGUGAGCUAUAAGCCUUGCCCCCCCCCAAUAACUGUCCCUUGGAACCAGUGGCUCAGUAUCUCACCUGUGACGGUUCAGUGCGCCCCCUCCCCAGUGCCACUGCACCUUGUCAAACACCUCCACGGAGGGACACCUGAGGUUGGCUCGAGGCAGUUUUCCUGGCUUCCACACCUGGGCAUUGGUGUGGCUCCCUGGUCCAGCUGUGGGAGUUUGGUGUUUUUGAGCUAUCUGCAUGUGACCUUGUGAAGCAGUUCCAGCUGGAACGGGCAUUAGCUUGAUUCAGCCAGCCGUGUGACAGUUUGAUGCAGACCUUGGUGACAAGAAAGCUUCCGGAAAAGCCAGCACAGCCCUCCUGGCGCGGCUGUGUUGACACUCAGUGUUGCCCUCUGCUCCUGUGGAACCCAGUGAUCUCUCUGGUUGCAGCUUCCGCCUUUCUGUCUGCACUGUUUGUUUAUAUGGUAACAUUAGCUGAUCCCACUGUGUAGAUAAAUUGUAUCUUUUUUAAUUUGUAAAAGUCUAUUUUUAUUUGACCCUUUGGAAGGUGAAAGUUCUGUGGUAACUUUAAGAAGUCAGAAUAAAACGUCUGCACCUUCACUGAA